AUUUUUAGGUCAAAGGAUGUUUUGAUACUAUUGAAUAAGUAGUACACAAAAAAUAAAAGGAAAUUAAAACCCACUGUUUGAGUGCAUAUAUAAGUGACAUAUGAGGGAGGAAUCACAAAACAUGGUUACUUCGAAAUUGUGCGAUAUUUCGGAAGUGCGACCAUAUCUGUACUUGAGUGGUUUUGGCUGUAUUACAGAGAAGAAACUGCGAGAUCUUGGGAUAACACACAUAAUUGAUGCUACCAAUCUUCCGAAUAAUCCGCAUUAUGAAGGAAUCGAAUUUCUGGAUAUUAUGGUAGAUGAUUCACUGAUCGCCAAACUUACUCCUCAUUUUGACAGUGCUGCAAAGUUUAUUCAGAAUGCACAAAAAAAGGGUGGAAAGAUAUUAGUUUAUUGUGCAGCUGGUAUCAGCCGUUCUGCAUCGCUAUGUAUAAUGUCAUUGGUACUCAACGAAGGCUUAAGCCUGAGAGAAGCAUAUUACGAUGUACUGGAUAAAAGACCAUUCAUAUCGCCAAAUAUAGCAUUUUGGCGACAGAUGAUCGAAUAUGAGCGUAAAGAGCGGGGUCAGAGUACUGUGGAGCUACUGAGAGGAAUGGCACGACCUAUUCCGGAUGUAUAUGUCAAGAAACCAAAAUCUAAUGCCUAAUCAAAUCAAGUUCGUGAUUCCGAACUGGUAAAUGAAAUCAAACCGCACGGGUGAGAAACUGUGAAUCACAUACAAUUAACUAUCUAUGGAUAAGAUGAUGCGAAUGUCUUGAAAAGCUUUUGUUGAAAAUCAUGGGUGUUUGUACAAAUGCAUUCAUCGUUUCAUGUUUCGACACAUAAUGCAUUAGCACGACACAAUCGUUAGAAAUUGUCAAUACUCACUAUAAAUAGAUAAUAUCUGUUAUUUUGUUGAAUGUCGUGUAGCGCGAAGAGGAUAAAGAAGAAAAAAUAAUUUAAUAAAUUUUGUCAUCC